AUGCCACCUACAAUUCUUCAAGAACUUGACACUAUCUACCCUGAUAAAGGCCCAAAAAUAACUGCCAACCUACAAGGCAAAAUCCUUAUUAUCGAAGCUAUAAUUACAAAAGCCCAUGAAAUUGCAGCUCGACGCCUGGAAGUGUAUAUUGACCAAGAGAUCAUGAAGAUGGGUCUAGCAUUUGAAAUUCUUAACUCGGGAGAAGCACGAACAACGAGUGGAACGUUUGUGAAAGAACCAGAUGCUAGUUUCACGCUUUCCGAUCACGACUGGCCGAUCCUAGUGAUAGAGGCUGGGGUAUCCGAAUCUGAUACCAAAUUAAAGAUGGAUGCUAGAGGAUGGUUAGAGUCCGCAGGAUCGGAAACAAAAGUUACUAUAACGAUAAUAAUUAAUCGGCAUUCCCCCCAAAUCGAUUUUAAAAAAUGGGAACACUCCACGUCAAUACAAAACAGAAACUGUCCACGCCAGAUAUUCCAAUGGCAUCGCCGAUAUUACAGGCGACAUGACCAUACCAUUCGAAAAGAUAGUCGGAAGGAAACCCCGCAAUGCUAA